AGUAUAGACUGAUAUGUCUGGAAUGGAACUAGAGAUAGAUCAUUGGUUCGAACGGACAGCAAACCUUCUGCCAACUUCCCGGAACAUAGUAAUAAUCAUCGCCGUGCCUUGGUCUAAACGACACGAAACUCUGUCAUUAUUCUCUGGAAAAGCUUGCAUGUAAACGCCAUCAGAUCAAUCUCCCUCCGUCGCCAACAUCACCUUGUUUGUAAAUUGUAGGAGCAAAAUGGCAGGGCGAAACAACCACGAGCUCAAGCUGCUGGGCACAUGGCCGAGCCCGUUCGUCGUCAGGGUGAGGCUCGCGCUCGGCCUCAAGGGCCUGAGCUACGAGUACGUCGAGCAGGACAUCAGGGACAAGAGCGAGCUCCUCGUCGUCUCCAACCCGGUGCACAAGAAGGUGCCCGUGCUCAUCCACGGCGGCAAGCCCGUCUGCGAGUCGCAGAUCAUCGUGCAGUACAUCGACGAGGCGUUCCCCGGCGCCGGCGCCUCCCUCCUCCCCUCCGAUCCCCACGAACGCGCUGUCGCCCGCUUCUGGGCCACCUACAUCGAUGACGAGGUAGAUCUCUCUACUUGUUCUACAACUUCCAAUGGAAAAGCGAAGGAGGAGGAGGAGAAGGACGAGGCGGCGGCGCAGGUGUUCGCCGCGCUGGAGACCUUGGAGGAAGCCAUGAAGGGGAAGGUCUUCUUCGGCGGCGACAGCGCGGGGUACGUGGACGUGGCGCUCGGUGGGUUCCUGGGGUGGAUCAAGGCGGCGGAGGCGUUGGCCGGCGUCGCGUUCCUCGACGGGGCCCGGACGCCGCUCCUGGCCGCUUGGGCGGCGCGGUUCUCCGCGCUGGAGGCCGCCAAGGAGGCGAUACCCAGCGUCGAGCGGCUGCGCGAGUUUCACGGGGCGAUGCACGCCGCCGCCGCCACGGUCGCCGGAAAUUGACGGGUCGGAAUCUGUGAACUGGGCCUUCACCCCUUGUAUAGCAUGGCCCAGGCCCAGUAGGAGCGAAAUAAACGGGACGUAUUAGGCCUGAGAAGUACUUGCCACAAAAAUACGCUGGAAACAACUAAAAUGCUUCCUAUCGGUAGCAUAACGGAAGAUAAAAAAAAUGGAACGCAGCUAAGCUACUUCCUGCUAUACUGUUAUAUUAUUACUUUACUUCUCACCAUUCCAUCCAUACACACAUAAAUAAAUAUAAUAAAUAUGAACAUCUUAAAAAAAAGCGUCUAAACUAUAAUUUUUAAUUCGAUCAUACAGUUAUAUUUGUUAUAAUUAAUUCUUUAUAAAAGAUAUCUUAUGAUUAUAUUCUGAUAAAAGAAUAGUAUGUUCAACUCAUCAAUGUUUAUAUGUAGCGAUAUGUUUCAGUGUGUUUUUUAUUGUGUUUUUCAAAAAAAAUCAAAUAAAUGACUCAAUGGCUAGCAAACAUACAUGUCCAUUCUCUUUCUCAUGUCAUAUAAUUGCUCUCUCCUCACUUCAUCCAUAUAUUCAUCCAUAUAUGUAUGCAUGUAGUAAUCUUCAAAACAAUUUUUCAUCUAAACUAUUUAUCAAUCUAUAUUUAUAAUAAGAUAUCGUGUGAUUAUAUUCUAGUGAAAAAAACAUAUAUUUCAAAUUAUUGGAACAUAUUGUUCCGUAUAUGAUAACGACAUGUUUUAACGUAUGUUUUCCAGUGUUCGCUAAUCCUAUCUUUUUAUAUAGUUGAUACCCACUAAGGGACAUUUACUCCUAAAAAGCAAGACAUGCAAGAAGCCACAUCAUCAACAAUUUUAAGCCAUUAGAUCAGAUUAGUAUAAAGAUAAUAACCGUUGGAUCAAGAAACUACUUAUUCAUCCAAUUCAAUCAUUUAUUAGUUAUCAAUUCACCUUCCUUUGCUCCACCUCACAGUUACACAUAGCACUGUUACAUAUUAUGUAUAUAACACCAUGUUUUCCGAAUACAGCUCAAAUUAUUGUUUAAUAUAUGUGUUUUGUUUUAUUA